AUGCGUCUUGCCCCGCAGCCAAGCGCGCACCCCCUGCGGCUCAUAGUCCUACUUCUUGUGCUCUUGGCGGAGGUGUUCGCGUCCCCUGUGCUGUCCACGGGUUGCCCGGACCGCUGCGUGUGUGAUGACCAACUGGUGGUACAAUGUGCCGACCAACACUUGACAGCCUUCCCGGUGAAUCUGCCCCUGGCCACACGGCAGCUCAUCAUCUCCAACAACAGGAUCAAGGAGCUUCCCGCGCUCGCACUCAACUACCUCUCGGACCUGGUGUACCUGGACUGCAGCAAUAACUCCCUCUCAGAGAUCUCAGAGUCCACGUUCGGGAAUCUACGCAAACUGGCCUAUCUUGACCUAUCCUUUAAUACACUGAGCAGCAUAGAGGACAGGACGUUUGGACCUCUGUCCAGUCUGGUCAUGCUGAGGAUGACAGACAACCCGGGGCUGUCACACAUUCAUCCGGACGCGUUUUCAGAAAACGCAGCUCUUCAAGUGUUGGAUGUGAGCCGCAACAACCUGACAAGCCUCAACAUCACGUCACUAAUCGCGCUGUCGGCUCUGCGCUCCGUGGGCCUCAGUGGGAAUCCCUGGAGCUGCGACUGUGACAAUGAAGACCUCUGUCUGUGGGUUCAUCUGGAAGGCUUCAAAUUUCAAGGUUCUGUCAUUUAUCGUGGAAACAUUAGUCAUACCACGAUUUUGUUUCUGUAG